AGCCGCUUGGUAGUCUAUCCUCAGUCCCUCCCGGUCGCUCAGCUGUGCGUCACAUGUCGGUUACCGCGAGUCUUACUCCUGCCUGUAUACCAUCGAAUCGUGUACCGCUUGCUCGUUUAGGCUACCGUACUACGCCGGAUUUUUAUUCACCGGCAAGCGUCAGGCAUAUAUUAUGCUAUCUACCGUAUCCACAUCGACGUAUUAUCACAAAUCAAUCACCAAGUGCCUCGAAUAUGCGGACGGCGUGACGAACGCAGGCAACGGUGCACGCCGUUUUGUUGAUACAUUGAGUCCUGUGUUCAGGCCGCGAAGGCCACCGCGUCCUUCCUCGGUCUAAGAAUCGCGGUUUCAAUUAACACGCAAAACUGCCUGAUUUGUCUUAGGCGUUGUUUAAACGAGUCAUCGUGGAACGAUGACCUAAAGUGCGUCGCAGUACGGAGCUCAAUGAAGUAAUAAGAAAGUAGGGGAAGUUCAGGUACCGCGCGAGCAUACCUACCCUAAACCAGUGUCCUGUUUCCGGGAGUGCUUUCCAGAUAUUCAGUCGGUCCCCAGCGGCGGUAUCGAUCGUAUCGUGCUACGAUCAUUUGACUACGAGCGUUCGGACUGUUGAAUCGCGCGUGACAUUGUUACUUAGUUAUCUUCGUGUUUGUGCUCUGCGAUCCGCGUCAAUAUUUUGACGAAACUUGCGGAAACGUGACCGGUAGUGGAAAAUAAAUUGCAGUGCAAAUGUUAUUGACCGACCGAUUCAUGAGAGAUACUUUUAAGGACGAUUCGAUACACAGUGUUCUGUGAAGGAGUAUUGGAGUGCAUCGUCGGUCGAACGCUGUCGAUUCGAAGCGACAUUGAUCGGGAACGAGAGCAGAGAUCGUUUACACAUAGACGAAUAAUGUCGACGGGAAAGAGGCUGGCCAAACGCAGCAUAAUCGGCACCAGAGUGUGUGCUCCCGGCGACGACGGGAAGUAUUACAGUGGCGUCAUUCACGCCGUAAAAACGCCGGCGUCAGCCGCGUCCGAGUCAGGCCUCAGCAUUACACCGAAGACUCGCUACUCCGUGCGCUUCGACUCCGUUCCAGGCGGUCGGCCACCGAGUCCGAGCACCGAAUACUCCGACCGCGACCUCAUCGGGCCUGGCUUUGGAUCCGUUACGAGCGCGCACCUCGUGCCCGGCCAGAAGGUCUAUUUAACGUACAACGGACGGGAAAUUCACGCGGAGGUCACGCAACAUCGCGAGCACCUCGACGAAGUGGACGUGAUAAUUGCACCGAACGGCCAAGAGACGAUGAGGCUGACCAAACGUAUAGACGAGGUCAGGUUGCUCGAGUCACGUAAGAGCGCCCGGCUGGCCGAUCAGGAUACAGAUUUCGCCAGACUCGCCGAUAUGGCUGGUGAUCGCAAACGGGCUUCAUCUCACUCCAUCGACGUGCCACACGUGAUUGGAUCCAGAAAGCGGCGACCCAGCUCGAGUAACGACUCGGAACGAUCUUACAGCGGUUGGAGCGAGAGAAUACCCCAUGGAUGCGGUCGCGAGGGAUGUCGUACCAACGAACGCGGCGACUGCAUGGACGAGUGCACCGCAGCGCUGGUCCUCAUGUCGCUUUCAUGCUCGCCACACAGUCCUCACAAUCCCCUGCCACUGCACUGCCAACACAAUUACGGUUCUUGGGGAGGUCGGGGAGGCGGAGGUGGCGGCGUGGUCGUCGGCUCACCAGGAGUCGGUGGCACAUCGAACAGCAGCAGCAGCAGCGGGGCUUCAUGGCGGAGCGGCACCCCCAGUCCGCCUCUGAGCGACGAAGGGGCGCCGACGACCGGUUCGUUAUGGCCGACAUCAGCUCAUCCCUCGCACAAUCAGCAACAUUACCCUUACAAUGCGUCUGGCUCGUCGUCGGGCAGCACCCCGGGUUCGACCACCACCCUUGACGAGGGUAUAGUGCCCGAUUACCUCGAGGAGCAGCACCCACGCAAGAAGAAGAUCCGGGCGAAAGUGAACCACGACCCGAUCGAAAACGGGCCAGCGAACAACACCGUAAACGAGAGCGAACAGGCGAACGCAGCGGUAGUGUUCAAAUGUACUUGGCCAGGUUGUCUGGAGAUCAAAGCUACCGUGGCGCUUAUCGAAGAGCACGUGCGCCAAUCACACUUGGGGCCGAAAAAGUCGAACGGCUACAAUAACGAAGAGGACGAUGACAUUUCCGACCACGAAGAGGAAUUUUAUUAUCAGGAGGUGGCGGUCAAUCACAUGAGCUCGCCGCCGACAAUGUCGCACCGAGACAUGGCCAGGCCUCCGCACGAGGACCCCGAGUAUCAGAAGCAGCUCCGUUUAGAGGCCACUUCCGCCACGAACAACACAGAGAACGCGAUGCCCGGCAACAGAGAACGGAACACCACGUUCACCAUUUCGCAAUCACCGGGAACGCCUAUCAAACACAUAAAGCUGUCACCCCGACCGUUCCAGGCGUACCAGCAGAACAUGAGCCUGCUGACGGUUUCGAUCGGCAAGAUGCCGUCGUCGCCGCGGCGGGUCCGCGGUGAGACGAAGAAGUGCCGCAAGGUCUACGGUAUGGAGCAUCGCGACCUGUGGUGCACGCAGUGCAAAUGGAAAAAGGCCUGCAGCCGUUUCGGCGACUAGGCCAAGCGGCCGCCCCGUUCGUAUGUCCGCGGGCGGAAACCGUCGCCGAGUCGACCCCAGAGUUUGCCAAUGCUACGUUAAAAAAACUUUUCGCCAACUGCCAGCAAACAAUUGCCAAUUUCACACAGUCAGUCACAUCGUCGUAACCACCACUCGAUGUUACAACACCCAUUGCCGUCAUCGUCGUCGUCGUCGUCGUCAUUAUCAUCGUUUCGCGACAUUCGGUUACCGCGCGGCGAUGGCGACCACACAAUCGCUCGAUGCACUCGUGCGAACGAUAAACCGUGCGUUCCUCCACUGUGGUUCGCGUCGUGCAUUAAUCACGAUCAUGGAAAGAUGUACAAACGGGUACAUCGUGCGUGAUAUCGUCCACCAUCACCAUCUUCCGGAAUCGGAUCUACGAAAUAGGAGAAGAGACGACGUUUCGUCAGACACCGUCGAGCCGAAGAUCAUUAAACGAUAUUUGUUAACGUUCUGUCGACGCGUCGAACACCUCUUCUCCGUGUUUCACUUCCUUAUUUUCCUUGUAUCCCAUCGUCGCGUUUCCGCCGUGAUUUUCCAUCUGAUGGAAAUCGGGCAGCGAGGGAGACAGAUUUUAAGAGAAAACGUCAAUCCCAUGACGGAUGGCGGACGACUAAAAGGGCCGAUCGACUUGCGUGCGUGGCAAGAGGAUACAGAACGCCUAGUAAGACCGCCCUCGAGCAUCGUCUAAAUACACGGAAAGUUAGGUUUCGUCUAGUAUGGUAGAGCGGUGAAGAAGAGACUCGAGCAUAUAUAAUAUAUAACGAAACUGGAUGAUUUUAGAAAAAGAUCGUUGACCGAUCGUCAAACGAUUUCUUAUCGCUCUCGUUCUGGCACUUGGCAAACUCCGUCAGGGUCUUUUUAGCCGUAAUAAACAAGGGGAUUUUGAUUAGUAGGUAGCGAAUAAUUGGCGCACGGAACGAGAUGCUCUGACGACUGACGCGCCCUUUCUACUUCUCUUUCCCUCCUCCUCUUCACUUUGUCAUUCUCUCUAACUAUCUAUUUAGCUUUCCUCGUUUUUCCUCAGUCCGGAGGAAAGAGAAGAAGUCGCGCGACGCGUUCUCGUUUCCGGCUCGCCAGCAAAUAAGAAGAAUAUUAAGAGUAUAGAGAGGAAAGAUAAUUCUUUUUUUUCUGGUUCGACGGGCACGCGCGGCCCGAAAACCGAUAACGGCAAAAACGCGUGCCCUGUUAGAAAAACGUGGAAGUUCCCGAACCGAUUCUUAGGUCAUUACAAUAGGUCUUCCUUCAUCCGACGAAAGCAUCGAGGCUCGAUUUCCUCGCCGGGUUCUCUCGCCUUGCCUUUCUCGGGGGAUUUGAACGAUCGUUACGUGAUCCCUGCGGAAAAUUGAGAGAUCCCCGUGGCCCGUGUCGCGUGUGCGUGUCUCACGCGUACGGUCAAUCCAUUCGUCCUCACGUUGACUCCGUGCGCGUGUAUUCGUUCAGAAAAAAUAGAGGAUGAGAGAGAGAGAGAGAGAGAAAAGAGCGCAGAGCAAGAGAAAGUAAUUUUCACUUGUUGCAAAUAGUAUGGAAUGAUACGUUUAGCAAAUAUUGUUUUAGUAUAUUUAUGCGCGUCAAAUAUCGACUUUUGUUUUUAUUCACGUCUUGUGAAAUAAACAAAUAUUUUUAAAUAACACAUACCUUGUCAAUAUAGGUUUUUGAAUCUAAACAUUUUUACUUUUUCAUUAAAAGUUUUAUAUUUUUGACUAUUGGCGAAUUGAAAAUUUUAGUAAACGCGUUAAUUUGUCUGCUAGGAUAUUGGUAUUUCUUUACGGAUACCGCGUUCGCAUAGUCAAUUUAGUAUAAUUUGUAUAUCGUACGUAAUUAACGGCGUGGGAGACGCAGGCGACACGCGUUCCGGACGAACGGAAGACCGAGAGAAACUGUUGUAUCGAAUAUUCGGUUCGACCGAUUGUUCUUCCUAGAAGGACGUAGCCGGGCAAGUCGAGAACGAAGAGAUACAUUUCGUCGCGAGCCUAGUGGGAAAAUCAUGUGAUAUUUUAUCUCGAAAUUUUAUCGUAUUAAUUAGACGGAUUCGCCGCUGGCCGACAUAAAUAAAUUAGGCAAGAAUUAGACCGAGGUUGAUGACAAAAUGAUCAAACGUGACGAGAAAGUAACGCGUCGAUUAGAAUAAAAAAAGAGAAAGGAGAAAUAAAGUGAAGGAAAUGCGCGCCGAUGCAAAAUUUUAUACACCAAUUAUUAUACUGCCAGAUUAAAAAGUAAUCCGUUGAAGCGCGAAAUAAAUCAUGCGAUAAAAAAAUACGAGAGAAAACGAUUGUUACGUCGUUUUCGAGCUUCGUGCACGGAACAAAAUACACGCAUAUACGGCUACGAAGGUGGCCGCCCCCUCGUGCGUGUCGGGCUCAGGCUGCUUACCAUAGCCUCCUCUCGACGACCUAAGACCGCGUUCGCCGACGAAAGCAAGUAGAAUGAAAUGCUGCGUGUGAACUUUUCGUUUAGAGAUAAUAGUUGGGCUUCGCAGUUGAAUCGAUCGAUCGAUUGUAUCCCAGCGGCGAGGAUCCUUUCUCCAGGAUCUCGCCCUCUGGAUAUAUAUGUAUAUUAGGAAAAUGCGUAUAUAGGUGUAUGUGUAGAGAAACGACACAGAUAAGAAACAUAAUUUCGCAGGGCGAAUUUCCUAUGCCUGGCACAGACGACAACAAAUUUCUAACAAGCUUCAAUUAUGAUUCAGUUCAAGUCGAAGUUUUCGAGUUUUCUUAACCCUUUCACUGCGGCGCGUUAUACGCACGUCGGUUGCUGCGCCGCGCAGACCAGUGGAUCAUUUAUUGCAUCUUGUAACGGCAAUAUCACAACAAAUAUGAUAAGAAUUAAUAAAAAAUCGUUCGAAACAAUUGACAAAAGCGUAGUUCAUAUGUUCCAAAGAACGAUAAAGUCCAUAUUGAAUCAAUUGGUAAAAUAGAAAAGGUAUCAAAGUAUAAAAAUACAGAUGGCGUAUAUAUACGCCCGUCGUAUAUAUCGAUGGACUCCGAAGGGCGUAUAUAUACGCCCGUCGUAGUGAAAGGGUUAAAUACAGUUGCUUCGAUAAUGUUUCAAAACUGUUCUCCUGGAACUCGACUCUGUGCGACGCAUAAAGGAAGCAGCUUCUGUCUAUCUAUCGCGGGGCGUUUUUACUUUUCACCGGCAUCGUUAGACCUUCUCGCUUUCGAUCGUCCGCACGACACUUACAUGCAUACAUACAAAGACACAUGAUUUUUACUAGUAAUCGCGACGAAGAAAUUCGGCGAUGCGACAUAGAAAAAUUUAGUUUGGACAUAUUGCAAAAUCUUUGGGCAAGAUGAAAUACACGCCCAAGAAUAAUAAAUGUCAUUUGAUCUCUAUGAUUUUUUCUACGUAAUACUACGUAUUAAUAAUCAAUCCGUUUCGGUUGUAUCGAGACAUGAAGAUUGGAUUACGUCGACAAAUUUCAAACAAUGACUAGCUACUAAUUUUAUUCGUUUUUGUUAAAGACUAGAGGAUAUCAAAUUCGGAGGGUAUUUUAAAGACUUUAAAUGUGUAAUAUAAGGCUAAUGCCCGUUCGUUUCGUCUUCUCUUUCUAUUUUAUGAAGAGAGUACUUCCAUCGUCUUGAUCGAUGCUCAUCUUUUUAGUACAAUUUAAUUGCGCGGUUCUUCGCCGUCGUGAACGAGACGACUUAUCCUCGUUUGCUCGCAUAAUUCUACGAUUUAUAACAUUCUCAUUUAUCGAUAUUUAAUAUAUAUACCUAUAUAUACAAUAGUUAUAUGUAUAGUAAUGUUAUAAUUAUAUACAUAUAUUACGUUCGUUUUAACACGAUUAUAACGUUACUUGAGAUUAAACAAAGAGACGAUUCGUCGUAUGAACAAAGAAGAAAACUUAAAAAAGCGAGAAGGGAGAAUAGUCAAUUAUAGAGUCCUUUUUUUGCGGGAAGCCACGUUAAAUUCGGAUGGGGAAAAGAUUAUCACAGGAUCAGUUCAAUUAUCUGCCAACGUUUCUUAUUAUCGCAACGGUAUUACUCCUGCCGCGACACUCACGUGCAUAGAAUCAUUGUAUUUCCGAACCAAAGACAUUAUUUGUAUUUCCGAUCGAUUUAAACAAUUUGCCUCCAUAUCUAACACAGAACUUUUCAACGAUUCAUCAACGCCGCCGCGGGACUAACAUAAUAAAAGAUCACUUCUCUUUUUUUUA